AUGGCAGGUCAGAAGGAUAAGUCGCACGCGACACAAUCCGCUCUGUGGACUAGGUCCCUUCUGGCGGGAGCAGCAGCUGGUCUCACCGUAGACGUUUCUCUUUUCCCUCUCGAUACAAUCAAGACUAGACUGCAGCAAGCCCGACAUAAGACACAUGGAUCUUCAGUUGGGCGUUCAUUGAAUGGGAGUGCCAAUGGCCUAAAAGUUUUACGACAGACUUUUCGCGGGAUAUACGCUGGUUUGCCCUCCGUUCUGCUCGGAUCUGCUCCAUCAGCUGCGAGUUUCUUCGUCGUCUAUGAUGGCGUAAAGCGAUAUUUCCUACCUCCAACCACCUCGUCCUCGACUGUCCCAUGGCAGUACACAUUUCUCACACAUUCCGUUGCAUCGUCUUUAGGCGAAGUUGCUGCUUGUGCUGUUCGCGUACCGACGGAGGUUAUAAAACAACGAGCGCAAGCCGGUCUCUUUGGAGGCUCGACUUUACUAGCCCUCAAGGACAUACUCUCUCUGCGCCAUGGAAACGGGAGUCAGUAUGGGCCACUCCUGGUUAUUCGUGAAUUAUAUCGAGGAACUUCUAUAACAAUUGCCCGAGAAAUUCCUUUUACCAUACUACAGUUCACCAUGUGGGAAGGGAUGAAAGAUGCGUAUACUACCUGGAAGAAAGAUAAAAACGCAGGUGCUAAGGUAACAGGUAUAUCUGCUACGUCGAGCGCGGUUUUUGGAAGUAUUGCCGGGGCUAUCUCUGCCGGGUUGACAACACCACUGGAUGUCAUUAAAACCAGGGUGAUGCUGGCCCGGCGUGGCGGGAAUCCUGAGUCAGGUAUGGGAAAAGUCAGAGUCAGGGACAUAGUCAAAGGAAUAUGGAGAGAUGAAGGUGCUAGCGCAUUUUGGAAGGGGAUCGGACCUCGAGUCGCUUGGAUUGGCAUUGGAGGGGCCAUUUUUCUUGGGAGCUACCAGAGAGCGUGGAACUUGAUGGAAGGCCAUCACACCGAGCAGAAGCUCUAG